AUGCCGACUCCGAGUAACAACUCGAUCGCCGCGGCGAUCGCCGCCCGCACGACAUGUCCACCGGAGCCCGAAAGGGUCUCGGCUUGGCAAGCAUCUCCCGAUACUAUAUCGAACAGUGAUCCUAUCGAUGCUCUUUCGCCUGAGAUUCCAAUUGCGUCCUCCAUGCUGAGUCAAUCUCAUGAUGGAAACACCCCCGAACCGAUUAAGGCGGAAGGAAAGCCGACGGGUGUCGAAGAAGAUGAUCCAGUUCAGGCUACCUCCCCUGCGGAGUCAGCCUGCCUUCGCAGCCAGUCGCCAGCAGCGCCUCCGGGAUCCUCGCUUUUUAACUGGGAAUUCUCCAACGUUCGUCUUCUGCCAAACCACACCUCGUUUCUCCGGUCAGGUAGCAAGUUUGCUGGAACUCAGCAAUCAGACCGUCAAGUUUACAAUGUCGAUGUUGAGAUUAAGCAUGUGGAUAUGGCUGAAUCCUAUCUCUGUGGUUACCUUAGAAUCCAAGGCCUCACAGAAGACCAUCCUACCUUGACUACCUUUUUUGAAGGAGAAAUUAUCGGUACGAAACACACUUUCCAAACACGUAAUGAGGAGUGGGGUGCCUCGGAAAAGACAGACUUGCACCAUUGGUCUCGGUUUCCUGCCUGGCGUCCGCUGGCUAAACAGGCCAAACGAGCGGAUUUCACAUAUCGAAACUUUGCCCAGCGGGAACACAUAUUCAUGAGAUGGAAGGAAUCAUUCCUUGUUCCCGACCAUCGAGUACGGACGAUCUCUGGCGCUAGUUUUGAAGGGUUCUAUUACAUCUGCUUCAACCAAAUCGAGGGAACUGUGAGUGGUGUUUAUUUCCAUGCGAAGAGCGAGCGGUUUCAACAACUCGAACUCAAGCAUGUCGAAGAUCGUGGAUGUGCACCGGCAGUCGAGUUCCGCUAA